UUCGUUGUUGUCACAGUUUAUACUCACCCGAGUAGAGCUUCAUUUUCAGAUCGUAGCUCGGUCUUGUAAUGUUUCGUUUUGCUGACAAUAAUUUAAAUCCAAGAUAUCAACAUCAUGGCAAUAUUCAAACAAAAGAAGUUUUUCGGUUUUCUAUUCAUCAUUCUCGUUGUCGGGAGCAACUGCAGUGGCAAAGUUGUUAACACACCAGAUACCGAAUCCUUGCCUACAACUCGCAUCCCCGAUGAAAAUGAUGAUGCAUCUGCGGUUCAGGAAAUGGUUGUCGAGAUGCAAGAUCUUGGCACCCAUUCAUCUCUACAGCCACCUAUUACAAAUACAGGAGAAGACCUGGUCAGUGGAGAAGUAGCUACUCAGCCGAAAGAUCCCGGCCAUGGUUCUAAGCGGCACCAGUGUGGAUUCAUAGACUCGUGUGUUGGGAGAUGUGGCUCUGGGCCGUCCGACCGUGAUUCCAUCUACACCUACAUAGUUAGUACCGAGAAACGUACGCCUAUCCGUACCGGUUACCUUUGUUUCUGUGAUUCACGGUGUUCUCUGUAUGGAGAUUGCUGCAGUGAUUACGACGUCCAGUGUCAAUGUAACGGUAACGAACUGAACGGUAAAACAGAUCUUACGCAGGAGACCGAUGUGCUUGUCGAACAUGAAGGGAUAUUAGUUGUCAGUCCCACUAUCUCAAUUGACGCUAGUUCAACAGGCCCUCAAGAACAGAGUGGUGAACUACUGGACGAUCCAAGUAUAAGGAGAGACAUGCUGGAAUGUAAACAUUUGGAUGAAGUCGAGUUUGGCUCUCUUCUGGUAGAAAUGAAAUGCCACCCAGACUGGAAGAACAAGAACAUCGAGACGCUGUGUACUAACAUUGACUAUCGCGAUGAUAUCGCAAAACUGUUCGUUCAAGGGGGUGACCAUAUUACCUACCGGAAUAUUUUCUGUGCUGAAUGCAACUUCGUGAAGGUGUUUCAUUUCUGGAUCCAAGAUGCUUAUUGCUAUGGAGAACUGCCGACCUCCGUCUACGAACAACCGGAACGUUUGUCAAAUUAUCUGAGGAAGAAUUGCAUGACGAAAUUCCGUGUGCCAUUCGGGUAUGUAUUUCGCCCAUGCUUGAAAAUGGUUGAUAGCUGCCCCAAAGGAAUAUCACAAGAAUCCGAAUGGGUGGAGCAGAACUGCGUUUCUGGGCACCUGUCUGUGGUUACCGCGGAGAACACCUCGCCCAAGUUAUGGGGUUCUACGUUAUAUCGCAACUCUUUAUGCGCUGAAUGCAACGGGGUCGACGAGAGCUUGAUCAGGUGCCCGACAAAAGACAUGCUCAAGAAACAUUUCCUUCGUAACUCUACUCAUCGAAAUGAUUCGAAACCAUCAAAUGGUGAUGGUAAGAUAACAAAUCGAAUUGUCACGAAUUACAAUAUGGCAGCUAAAGAUCAAAGCAGUACUGUCGUUUAUAGGGGUAAUGGACUGGUUGUUCCGAUAGUAGACACGUGUGAAGAUGGACAAGUAUUCGACCCUUAUUUAGGGAAUUGCAGACAGCUCUACUGUUCGGAUGGAUAUGUCCUUGUCAAACAAAAUUGUGUGCCGGCAAAAGCAACGGAUGAGCUGGACGAUGACGAUAUCAUAACUAUGGUGGAAGCUAUUACUGCUGUUAUCAACGAAACGGUCGGUCUCGAAGACGAGCUGGUAAUUACUGUUAAGAUUUGCAUGGAGUGGGAUUAUAGCGAGCAUGACGUGAAGGCACCUGCGCCUGGCAAAGGCAAACUGCCCCCUGAUCACCUCGUAUUCAAUAGCAGUGUAUGGGACAUUUAUGUCAGUCCCAUACACCCCAACGAUUCGUUUACUGAUCACGAGCUUACGGACUUUGCUUGCGAGGUCACUGUCACGAUGGUGGUUUCAAAUCCAGAGGAAAUGACCAGAAACAAUGCCAAGCAAUUUGCCGAGAUUCUUGGUAAGCUAUCUGACCUCAAUAACGCGAAUGAAAUGCAUGUGUAUGUCAAUGAUGUAUAUGUAAAGUCACCUGAAGAAGAAGAUUAUGCGUUCGUGGAAAUACUUAAUGGAAACUUGACUGACCUUAACUACUUGAUUGGUCAUUGCAAAAAUGGGAACCUCACUAUUGUAGAGCCAUCUGACUUUACUAUCUAUACGAAUGGGACCGACAACGACGUGUCUUCAUGUCCGAUUGUCUAUGUGUAUAGUACAUCGCGUGUUUAUGACUGUUACGAGAACUACUUAUUUGGAUAUGAGAGUACCAUCCCCGUCGAUGAGCAGACAUGUGGUGCCCUAGUAUGUGAUACCCAGUCGCCGAUCGAUCCAAAGUGUGAGCGAAUCUUGUUGAAUGAGACAGAAUAUGAUACACUGCCGAAUGGUAGCCUGAUUACUUCGGGUGGCAUCCUAUACGACCCUCCAAAUUAUCACCAGACAACAGAAGGCGUUCUGAUUUGUAAUAUGUAUGUAAACGUUAUUUCAGAAACCGUGGUCAUAUUUUUCGAUUUUUCACGGGCUCAAACUAUCAUGACAUAUACCGGACUCGUCAUAUCUUCAGUGUGUCUUUCUGUUACUCUGCUGACGUACGUCAUCUUUGGGGAAUUGCGUACGUUGCCUGGGUUACACAUCAUGUCGCUAAUCGUUGCCUCAAUUGGUGGGAACAUUACAUUUAUAGUAAGUCUCAGCCUAACGCCAGGGUCCUUGGAUUGCCAAGUAACCGCGGUGAUAAUGCACUAUUUCUUCUUGACGCGAGUGUUUUGGACCAACGCCAUUGUCGUUCAUGCCUUCCAGACAUUUGGACCAAAAGUACGUGGGUGUGUCCAUCGAUCGUUCGACGUCCUCAGCAAAACCAGUGCUCGCUCGCGCGUACGCCAACACAUACCGUACGCGCUUUACGCCUGGUGCACGCCAAUACCAUUCACUGCACUCGGGAGCGCAUGGCAUUUCUCCGCAUGCGGACCAUUACCCGUCUACUAUGGUAUGUACUUUUCUUGUUGGAUCGCAGACCCGCUCUCGUUUCUGUACCUUUUUGUCUUGCCAAUGGUACUGGUUCUUACCACCAACGCCAUCCUGUUCGUUCCCAUCGUAUAUAGCUUGCAUACAGCCAGGAAACAAUCCUCAAAGAAACUAAGUUCAUUGAAAGGGCGAGACAUGUUUAAAGACGCCAACAAAAAGCCGGGUGAGUUAGCCAUUUAUGCCAAACUUUCAACGACGGCUGGAUUUUCGUGGUUGUUCGGUAUUAUGGCUGCUUUCACUGAUCAAGAUUUCUUAUGGUACUUGUUUAUUCUCUUUAUGAGUCUCGAAGGACUCUUCAUCUUUUUUUCUUUCUUCUGCAACCAGAGAGUCAAGAACUUGUAUUCAAAGCGAUUCGGUAAAAAGUGUAAUGGACUGUAUCUAGGUAGUCGGGAUUAUGGACAGUCAAGGAGCGCAUAUACUAUUUCACAUCAAGUCGAAAGAAGAACUUCUGGUCUACCAAAAGAGACAUUCACGACACUAACUGUAUGAAAAUCACUUCAUCCUUCUUUCAAAUUUUAUUUGAAAAUUGCGAAAUAGUCUAGCAAAACAAUGAAUAAGUCCCUCACCAAUGUACUUCACUUGUUGGUAUUCUAAGGGGAAAGACAAUAUACAGCAUUAUUUUGCGCGUGCAUUCCGAGGCACUGUCAUUUUUCUGAUCAUGCCAACUUAUUAAUACCUUUCUUUUUAUAUUCCGCGAUACUAUUUAUAGGGUGAUCUGGUGGCGUAGGAGGUAAACUGCUUGAAGAUAUUUGAAACAGCCAUUUUUAAAUAAAAUUUCAAUAGGACUAUAAUUGGAGGACCCAGAAUUUUGGUUUCCGGUGUGGGGGUUCAAGUCCUUAAAUUCGCUAUUUGUGAAAGAAUACCCAAACAAAAGAAUGAAAUAAAUCCAAACAACAAAUUCAAAAAGCAAAGCAAAAAAUGAAACGUGUUUUCAGAUGCAUUUAUCUAUGAAAUGCGUGACAUGCAAAAUAAGUAUGUCAAAAGCUUAGUGAAGCUUAAGCUUUCUUUAUAAAAAUCCACAAG